AUGGCUCCCUUUUUACAGACCUUGCCAGAGAGAGGUUUGUGUCCAGAAUUUAGGGAAACUCACACUUCCUUAGUAAGGUAUGUAUUGGGUCAACGUCUCAUAAAUAGCUUGGGACUUUCUAGCUUGUUUGAAUUUCUCUCCUUUUUUUCUUUUGUUUCUUUCCUUCUUUUGAAUAUAAGACAAGGGAAACAAGCUGAAGUAUUUUCAAAGUGCACGUAUCAUGUGGCCAGUAGAUACUUGAAGAUGGCUAUCAUAUCUCCUCUCAGCAUAGCUGUCAACUUUUCCUUUUUUUUAAGGGAAAGUCCCUUAUUCCAAAUAGGAGUCCUCACAAGAAAAGGGAAAAGUUGACAGCUAUGCCUCUCAGUCUCCCCUUUCCCAGGCUACACAUAUGCAGCUCCUUCAACCAUUCCUCAUAAGGCUUAAUUCCCACACCCCUAAUCAUCUUGAUCGCCUUUCUCUGCACACGUUCCAGCUUGUCAAUAUCCUCCUUAAAUUGUGGCACCCAGAACUGGACACAGUGCUCCAGGUGUGAUCUCACCAAGCCCACAUGAGGUCCUAUUUAUGCUAGUCGUAAGAAGGAAAGCCAUUUUAUAUAUCUAUAGAGCUUUCCUGUGGCACCAGAUCAGAGAUAAAAGUGACUGUAGAUAAUUUCUACAUGCAACAGUGCAGAAAACUGCAUUGUGAUCUCUUUUGACACACCACAGUACAAAGGGAUUACCUGUGUAUCACAACUGCAUUGCUAGAAAUUCUCUGCAAAUAUACUGGAUAACCCAAUCUUAUUCAUCAGCUGGAUGCAUAGGUGAAGUGGAAUGGGAGUGGAUGAGCAGAAAAACAUUCAUCUGCACUGGCUGAAACAAAGAGGCAUUCUUUCUGUUAGUUCAAUAAGCAACCUUUGAGUGCAAUCUUUCUCCUCCACCUUAAAUCUAUUGCAAAGCUACUGCAAGCUGACUAAAGGUACUCACCGGAAAAAAAGAAAAAGAAAAAGAAAGAAAAAAAAGGGGUGGAAAAAACUGGGGAGAAUUGAACCACUUUGUUUCCAUGGAGUUUAUUUAACAGUGUGUGCCGAUUACUCAAAGCGAUAUGGGCAGGACCUGGUGAUCUAGCGAUGCUCUAGAAUUUUAACUUUUAAGGGGUUUACGAUUCCAGUUUGCCUGCAGUACGAGAUAAUUUCUUUUGACAUUUGUGGCCAGGAACCCUGCUUUAUCGCUUUGUAUAGUUUUAAAGUAGUUUAAAGCUUGAAUAACAUAAAAUAACAUAAUAUAAUGUUAUUUAUGUUAUUUCCCACGUGAAGAACUCCUGUAAACCUUGCAGUAUUGAAACUCAGUGAACAAGGCAUCUUAGACAAGCUGAAAAACAAAUGGUGGUACGAUAAGGGUGAAUGUGGCGCCAAGGACUCGGGAAGUAAGGUCAGUCGCUGAAGGUCUUUUUGUACUGAUUAGCAAUCACAUAUAUAUUUAUAUAUAUAUAUUUUUGACCCGCUGUUUUAUUUUAUACCAAAGUUAUUCUCCAAAGUUAACUAUUUACAUUCUAAAGCAUUGAGGAAAACACACCCCAUCCCCGUCAAAAAAGAAAAAAAGGGCAGGGAUUUUUAUUUAUUUUUUAUUUUUAAGAGAACUCCAUUUUUUUAAAAAAAACUCAGUAAAAAUGACAGCCUUUUUCUUUUGCAGUAUCAAAGGCGCUAGUUGUAAGUACAUUUUUAUAUAUAUAUACUCAGGUUGACCCCUCCCUCAAAAAAAAAUAAUCUCAAACUGGUAUCUCUACUUUAAUAUAUACCUACAGAAGUUCCGUUUGAGUCCAUGUAUGAUUUUUUUAGCCUCCAGUUUGCCUUUAUUUUCCAUAAAUUUUCAAAGCUCAUCGAUUUUAUUAUGAAAUUCCGUAACUCCUUUCCAUGCACAAUGAUGGUUUUUGAACAACAAAUGCAUGAGUGUUAAGGAUGGAUAUUUUUCAGAGGACUUCACAUUAAUGAGCAUGACAUAUCCUUUUUUUUUUUUUAAAGGAAGAAAGAAAGUCUGGAGGGGUUUAUUUUUUAAAUAUAUAUAUAAUAGUGCACUAUUUUAUUGCUGGUUCAUUCCAUAAAUCUUAGCCAUUCAAUUUUUUUUUUAUGAUUAUUCAUCAAACCAUUUUGCUACUGUAUUACUUACAUUCCAUACCAGAAACUUUUGCCACUGCGUACUUUGAUUUCCCUUUUAUGGUAUGGCUUUCAGCUUGUCACAAGCUUCACACACAAAUUAUGUUGCUGGGGCGGUGGGUGUGGACCAUCCCAGUGGGGACUUCUCCAGUGGAACUUCCAUAAGUUUGAAAUGGAUACUCCAGAUGUAGAAGUGACCCAGGGGGUUUCCAUCCAUAAACGCUUUUCCUUCUUGAUUUGGGAGAAAACAUUAUGCUUACCUGCUGUGAUGAAACAUGGAGAUGUAUAUAUAAUGGAACAAUUACAAAAGGAAAAAAGAACUGAAAUACCCAACCAGUAUUAAAUACUGAUUUGGAUGCAUUUCUAAGGCACUAAACAACAGCCUGGUGUCCAGUUCCCAUUGCAAACAGAUGAGAAUUGAACACCUGCCUUUCGUUUGUGCCUUUGAAAAAUUACUGUUAUAAUGACCAUAAUAAGAAUUACUAGAAGUUUUUUUAGAGGGCUCCAUUUUCUGGUCCUACUGAAGUCAACUCAUUAGUAUUGAUUCCAGCAGGGCUUGGAUAUGGCUUCUUGUUAAGGUGAACUUUGGGCCGAUGGAUGUUUGAAUGCACCAUUGCAGGAUCAGCCUCUUUGUAACUCAAACCUAAAACCAAAAAAAUCAGAAAUGAUUCAAAAUUUAUUAAGACAGCCAAGCCCAGUCUUCUAAAAUGUGUUUGUUUUCCCCUGGCUGGAAGAAACUGAUCUAUUUUGGGAUGUGGUUUUCAUUGUUUGGUUUUGGGACAUUUGGGGGGGGGGGGUUUCCAAAUUCAAAAGACAUUUUGCAACUGCUUAAAGAUUUUUGGUAAGCUGAGGCUUAACCUGCAACUUUUUAAAGAGUCCGUUUCAAAUUUCUGCCGUAAAUUGGUCUGGAAUCCAGAUUGACAUCAAUUACUCAGGCCUUGCCUACAUGAGAGAGCUGUGUUGGUUUUAGAUGAAAUUAGCUGUCAGACUGGAGCAAGCCCCUGUGUGUGGACUGCUUUUUUGUUAAUUAGAAUGGCUUGUUGCCACUUUCUGCUUGCUGAGUUACAUUUUGCAAUUCUCAUAACCGUGGAGGCUCAUUUAGUCCUGCAACGUUAACAGCUGCUGAUAGCUUAGUCACCGGUUGCAAUGUGAGUCUUGGCUGGGAGGGGAACCCAGUCUGGCAAGCCCAAAAGCAGUCUGUCCACACUGAGACUUUAACCAGUUUGACUCAAUCUGUUUGAAUUCAUAUUCCAAUGCACACCUGCACAGCCUUCUCAUGUUGACAAGCCUUCUGAUUUUCUUUGUGUCACAGCUCAAACCAUAAGUAUUCAAACAAUUGAGAAACCAUGUAGCAGGUAAUCCAAUUCAGCAGCAAAAUGGUUAUGAUGGUGUCUCAAAACAGACAGAGAAAUCAUUAAUAUUAUUUUUUCAAACAAAAGGCUUCCCCCAUUGCCUUGAUGGUACACCUUAGACAAUAUAGAUUGAUUAAUAUUUUAAGCAGGGAGUUUUGUUUGUUUGUUCAACCCCAGAAACUCAAGUGAGAGCAUAGGGUUAUUUAGCUCAGCCUGAAAGUAACUGACCAGCUUCAUCAAACAUAGCAACUGUUGCUACCAGAUGUUAAAACAGCAAAAAAAAGUGAUUCUUUUCCUCUACAUUCUCCAAUAUCAACAGAAUUAAAGGCCUUCCUUUAAUUUUUUUUUAAAUGAAAAAGCAGUUUUUUUCUGAAUUCACCGUGCUAUGUUCUGCCCCGCUCCAGAGGGGGAAAAUGUUUAAAAGAUCAAUAGAAAGGCUCAGGUUAGCACAGUGAUAUUCACCAUGAAGCUGUAUGUAGUCAGCUACAAAGUGAAUACCACUGGUUUAGGGAACUAUCCAUAUUGUUACCAGAUACUGUAUAGUUAGUAUCAAGUAGGGGGAGAUAAAACAUUGUUUCCUGGGUGUUCCUGCCUUAAGCCCUUUCAUGUCAUGGGACAUUAUUUGUGAGAUGAAUCUGGCAAGAGUGUUUUGGUUCAGCUGGUUACCUCUGAAAUUGAUGUAAAGAUUUGGGUACAAAGAGUUCUAAGCUGCAAAAUAGUGAGAGAGUGAGUUGUCUUAAUACACAUUUAGGCCUUCAAAGCUAGACACCUCUAGAAAGAUGUUGUCCUUCUGUCUCUUUCCUUCCCGCUGCAAAACUAACCAACUGGUUCGUUUUUCUUAGGACAAGACAAGCGCUCUCAGCCUGAGCAAUGUUGCUGGGGUUUUCUAUAUUCUUGUCGGAGGUCUCGGCCUUGCCAUGACGGUGGCCUUGAUAGAGUUCUGUUACAAGUCACGGGCCGAGUCCAAACGAAUGAAACUCACAAAGAACACACAAAACUUUAAGCCUGCUCCUGCACCCAAUACCCAGAAUUAUGCUACGUACAGAGAAGGCUACAACGUGUAUGGAACAGAAAGUGUUAAGAUCUAGUGGUACGGCUAAAGGUCCAGUAAGCAAAUCAACUGGUUUAUGUUUUUGGUGUUCCCUGUGGUGAUGUGUUGUUGGUGUUGUGUUCCCCAACGUGGAGUAACAUCUCAGGAUUAUGCACAUCAGAAAUGGGACACAACACAGUUGAUGCCUUUUCAACAUGUGUUCUAGCAAUGCCAUGGGAAAGGCAGUAGUAGUUGAUUAGCAGAGCACCUGAUUCACAUGCAGAAAGUCCUAGGUUUGUCUCGGGCCCUCUGGCUGGGAGAGAACCAUGUCUGAAAUCCUGAGAGGCCACUGAGAGUCAUACCCAGUGUGAUUGGUCAACAUUCCGACUCAGUAUAAGGCAACUUCCUCACCUUUAAUUCCCAAACAAUUAUUGGAUUAAUUCUUAAACCAUUUGCCGUCCUGGAUUUUCACUGUGGCGCCAGGACACUUUGAAUGGCAGCUUCUAGGGCUCGCCCAAGACUUGCCACCACUUGAGAGAGAUCAUCUAAAUAAAAACAGCACACACACCAGUGCAUACUCAGUGAAAAAAUAUCCCAAAUUUAUUAGCUGCCAUGAAUGGAUGCAUUAACAUUGCAGCCUCCAGCAAUCAUGUUAGUGCACCAAAAAUUAAUUUUACAAAUCACACACACAAAUACAAAUAUGAAACACACACAAAUAUAAAACAAGAUCACAUGUCAUUAAAAAAUCAUAAUAAACAAUAAAUUGAAUUUGUUUGCCCUUAAGAGGGGCCCUUAAAUUUGUCUCCUGAAGCAGCCGCCUCAUUUAUCCUCACUGGAAGGUCAGCCCUGAAAACUUUGGCGCUGGGCUUCACAGGUCUUGCCAGGAUAUCAUCAUGCCCUCCAGCCUUACACAUAGAGAUGGACAUCAUUGAUUAUUCUUUCCUGACUUUCUUAUGAUCUUUUCCCCUUUCAUUUAUUAAAGGGAACUGUGGUGACUUCAGGUAAGUGCAUUCUUGAGGUGUCUCCCCUGCUGCCAAAGCUGUGGGGGUGGGGUGGGGGUGGGGGGAUAACACACUGACUUUCUACAAUUAUGUGAUUUGUAUAAGCAGCAAGGGUGAAUGACAGGUGUGUAUGUACAUGGGAGUAGGAGUAGGGGAAUCUCCUGGUGAAGACAAGGGCGGAAUUCCCAAUUAUUGCUUUCUAAUGAUGAUUAAGGGCUUACCCACACUAACCCUUCCUUCAUGCUUUCCUGGCACAGUCCAACACUUUAAAGCUCUGUGUUCGAGCACCCUUUUUUCUUUCUUUCUUUUUGGCUCCAGAGCUUUGCUCCCUGUAAAAACACACUUUCAAAAGCUGAAUCAGAGCAAAGGACAAUCUGCAGAAAACCAUUUGUGGACCGUUGCCUGGAAUGAGUGGGGCAAGAAGUGGAUAAGCCCUAACUCCUAUCUCUACUGCAUUUGAAAGGUCACAGUAAUGUGCUAUAGCAUUAGCAAUCAUCAUUUCUCUAGCUAUAAGUCAUAGCAUAGAUAAAAUGGCAUUCAGAAUUCAGCUACAAAUUCGUCUCUCUAUUUUCUGCCAGUGCAAGCAAGGAAAAAUGCAAGGUGACAUAAUUUUCCUUGUCUGAUAGCAGAAAGCAAACAGGCUCACUUGAUGUAACAUAAAUUCCUCCAUGGCUAAACUCAGUCCCACCCCCCCCACCCCCACCCCACACACAGAGAUAUUUAUAUACAAGGUAAUAUAAUGACAACAUCCUCUGUAGCUGUUCCAAAAGUAAUUUCUCACAACGGCCAUCCGGGAAGGCAAAGGUCAUAACAUUAAUUCUUAAUUCAGUAAGGCAAUUCUACUUGGAGCUGAGGUUAUUACUCCAAAUAAGUAGAUACAGCCUAGAUAAUUUCAAAGAAAGGUAGCAUAUCAGUAAUGUGGGUGGUGCUGUGGGUUAAACCACAGAGACUAGGACUCUCUGAUCAGAAGGUCGGUCGGUCGAAUCCCUGUGACGGGGUGAGCUCCCGUUGCUCGGUUCUUGCUCCUGCCAACCUAGCAGUUUGAAAGCACAUCAAAUUGCAAGUAGAUAAAUAGGUACCGCUCCAGCAGGAAGGUAAACGGUGUUUCUGUGCGCUGCUCUGGUUUGCCAGAAGUGGCUUAGUCAUGCUGGCCACAUGACCCGGAAGCUGUACGCUGGCUCCCUCAGCCAAUAAAGCAAGAUGAGCACCGGAACCCCAGAGUCGGCCAUGAGAGUAAUAGGCUAUGAGUUAUGCUCAGUAGUAGGACAUCUGCUUUGCAUGCAGAAAGUCCCAAGGUCACUCUGGCAUCUUCAGAUAGAACUGGGAGAGGCCCUUGUUUGAAACCCUGGAGAGCUAUUGCCUGUUAGUAUAGGCAAUACUAAUAUAGAUGGAUUAAUGGCCUGAUUCAGAGUCAGGCAGCUUCCUAUGUUCCUUAAAUCCACUUUGCAAACUCACCUGCAAACCUUGAAGACAGCUACAUAUAUGGGAUUCACAUGCUACAUUCCAUGAGUUCAUUAUUUGUGUACCUGUAUACACACUUAGAAUCAUAGAAUUGUACAGUUGGAAGGGAUCCUGAGGAUCAUGUAGUCCAACCCUGUGCAAUGCAGGAAUUUCAACUCGAUCAUGCACGACAGAUGGCUAUCCAACCUUUGCUUAAAAACCUCCAAGGAAGGAGAGUCCACCCCAGGGGGUCUGUUCCACUAUUGAGCAGUUCUUACUGUCAAAGUUCUUCCUGAUAAUGAGUUGGAAUUUCCCUAUUUGUAGAUUGAAGCCAUUGGUUCAGGACCAAGGCUCCAGAACAGGAGAAAACAAGCUUGCUCCAUCUCCCAUGUAACAGCCUUUUAGAUAUUUGAAGAUGGCUAUCAUCUCUCCUCUUUUCCAGGCUAAACAUACCCAGCUCCUUCAAGCGCUCCUAUUAAGGCUUAGUUUCCAGACCCUUGAUCAUCUUGGCUGCCCUCCUCUGCACACAUUCCUGCUUGUCAACAUCCUUCUUAAAUUGUGGUGCCCAGAAUUGGACACAGUAUUCCAGGUGUGGUCUGACCAAGGCAGAAUAGAAUGGUACUAUUACUUCCCUUCAUCUGGACACUGUACUUUUGCUGCAGCCUAGAAUAGCAUUAGGGUUUUUUGGCUGCUGCAUCACACUGUUGACUCAAGUUAAGCCUGCGGUAACUUGACUACCUUUACAGUUAUCCACAUGUAGCAUUCAGCAAGUGUACAGUCUGUGUCCCUGUGUGUUCAAGAGUUGAGCUGUACUCAUCAGCAAGUGUACAUUCUUUCACUCAAACACUUGUUCAUGUGUAGAGACAGCUUGCACCUGUGUUCAGUGUAAUGUGUGAACAAGUCCUCUGUUUAGUUGGAUUUUGUGGUGCUAUGUAUUUUUCAGUAUAAUGCCCGAGUAGCUAAUGUUCAGAUCAUUUCUUCCCUCAUCCCUGGUUUUCACCUAUGCCUUCGUGAUAACCUCCCUCUCAUGGAACCCAGCUGAGAUAGUUGCAUUCUCAUUGCAGAUCCCGCACUUAUGAUGGCAUGCAAAGGAAGGAGCUACCAAGAUCCCAGCAACUUCAGUGAUCCUGACCACCUGAGCCAAUUUUACUCCCUCCCAGAUGUCGGGUCUGACACAUUAUUGACGAUGGUGCAAUGAACUCUUCAUAGGAAUUUUAUUUUUUCCUUCAGUGCCUUACAGGAAAUUCUUAAGACUCAAAAACAAUGCAAACCAUCAAAAAAAUAGUCUUGCUUUGCUUGAAAACAAAACAAAACAACAACAACUACUACUACAAGAAGAACACAGAUUGAUAAGAAGAUGAUAUUCUCAUACACGGAAAGAGAAAGAGAGAAAAGUAUUCUUGUAAAAAUAAUUUUAACAAAAGUUCAACAGAAGCCAUUCUUUGAUACCACUGCACAGUAUAUAUUGACGUUAAUUCUUUUGAAAAGAGACAAAAGGUUUUCAAGUGCCCCCUUUUAUCAAAAUAUUAAGCUGUUCUUAAUAUUAUGCCUCAGAAUACCACUACUUAUAUUCUUAGGGCAGCCUGUUAACCUAACUCUGUGAUUUCCUGUCACAAUGUGUUGCUUUGUUCCUUCCUUUGUGAUGGUAAGGAUCCUCUUUUGCCAUUUCCGCUCUAGAUCCUGCCUCACAUUUUAAGAAAAUGCAUAUAUCUGCUCCAACAAGUGAAUGUAACAUAC